AUGAAAGCAACAGCCGCCAUCCUCACCCUCCUCGCCGCCGCAGGCCCCCUAGCCAGCGGCCGCUACAUCUUGAACCGCGACAACCACCACCACCAUGACUCCACGCCGACGACCAUCCCCACCGGGACAGCCGUCCCCUGGCCGACGGGGCUGCGCCCGACCGGGACCGGGAACGGGGCUUUGCGGCCGACCGCUGGCCCGGGCGACGGUGACGGCGGCGGUGGUGGGGCCUGGGUGGGGUGGCAGCAGGUGCGCACCCGUGUGUCCGAGCCUGUCUACGGGAGGCCUGGUGCCCCCGUUGCUGGGGCUUGA